AGAGAAGAUAGGCCAGAGGCAACACCAAAAAGAGUAGUUGAAUUCUUUAUAGUGACAAUUCACUGAUAUAACUUGGUCUCUUAGCUUAUGGCAAUUGCAGCAACCUCUUCAUCCCCCACCAUGAGCCUCAUCAGCCACAGCCACAGCCACGACGACACGACCACAACCGCCGCCACCUCCUCUGCCACUAAUGACUGCGGCGGUGCCCUCAGGCAUCCCGACGACGAUGAAGACGAAGAUGAAAACGGCAUCAACAACGACGACCACCACCAGCAAGAUAUGGUCAUGCCGGGCUUCCGCUUCCACCCAACGGAAGAAGAACUGGUCGAGUUCUACCUCCGCCGGAAAGUCGAAGGCAAGCGUUUCAACGUCGAGCUCAUCACCUUCCUCGAUCUCUAUCGUUACGAUCCAUGGGAGCUUCCUGCUAUGGCGGCGAUCGGAGAGAAGGAGUGGUACUUCUACGUCCCGAGAGACAGGAAGUAUCGGAACGGAGAUAGGCCGAACAGGGUGACGACGUCGGGGUACUGGAAGGCGACAGGAGCUGAUAGAAUGAUUCGAGCGGCGGAGAGUUCAAGGUCGAUCGGGUUGAAGAAAACCCUAGUUUUCUACUCUGGAAAAGCUCCCAAAGGGAUUCGAACCAGUUGGAUUAUGAAUGAGUAUCGCUUGCCUCACCAUGAAACCCAACGCUUGCAAAAGGCUGAGAUAUCUCUGUGUCGAGUGUACAAGAGACCAGGUGUAGAAGACCACCCUUCUCUUCCUCGCAGUCUUCCAACCAGACUGUCCACUUCAUCACCAUCAAAACCUUCUUCAGAGAAGAAUUAUCAUAAGCACAACAACGUUGUUCCAGAGAUGUUUCAUCAUCAUCAUCAUGAAAACAUGGGAUUAUUUCUGGAACAACCUCAUCAUCAUCAUCAUCAUCAAGAUCAGCAAAUUACCAACGAAACUGAUCAGGGAAGCAGUAGCAGUACUGCUGCUACAACUACCACCACCACCACUAACAACAACAACAACAGUUCAGUAUUAAUGAUGGAUGAUCUGAAUAGGAUAGUGACUUAUAAUAAUAAUAACCAACAAUAUUUACAAUACUAUAAUAGUGGUAUGAUUAAUCCUCCUCCUUCUGAGAAUCAUCAUCAUCUUCAGUUCUCUAACCUGCUAUUGCAGCAGCAGCCCCAAGUUCAGCAACCAAUGGUGGCUCUGAAUGCUUCUCUUCCAAUUACCUCUUUCUCUGACAGAUUGUGGGAGUGGAAUCCAUUAAUCCCUGAAGCUGCAAACCGGGAGUUCAGUAAUAUGUCCUUCAAGUAAUUAAUCUUGGUUUAUAUAUAUAUAUAUAUAAAUCCAUGUUCAAUGUAGCUGAUCCUUAAUUUUGCUUUCAUACUCUGGCAUGUAGCGUUUGAUUUGAAUUAUUUAAUUACCUAGACUGUUUCUCAUGGAUUGAAAUGUU